AUUCGUCAUUAUUACUGAAAUAAAGUGUGUGUGUGAUCAAGUAACAUACUUCAUACAUUACUGAUUUAUAUAAUAAUUACUCCUUGACAAGAUACGAAUGAUAUCGCUAAUAAAAUGUAUAAUUUAAAGCCAAGUCUACAGAUUAUGAUAUUAUAUAUCAGUAUUUUCUAUAUAUCACAUAUUUCACAAGUAGAGGCAGAAGGUAUUUCAUGUUUCAAGUGUCUCAUGACAUUCACAAACCCGGACGACACAGAUCUGCUUUGUUCUCAUUUCGACGGGAGUGCCAAAUUCCAAGUGUUCUGUCCAACCUCGACGCUUUGUAUGAAAAGAACCGUUCAGUAUAAGUCUAAAACAUCUGUAGUGACCACUGUUCAACGAGAUUGCGCGCCACAGAAAUAUACUUCUCACACUUACAACGACGCCGAUAAGCAGUGGUAUAAAAAGGAAGAAGUCGUAACAUCCGCUUAUGACGAGGGUUGCUUUAUUGGAGAACACAGAGGCGCGCCUACUGGCCCACCUGAAUACUGCUUUUGUAGUUUUCAUCUGUGCAAUUCAUCUCCUUUGCAAAUUGGAACGUUUAACAAAGUAUAUGGGGCAAUAUUAGCGAUGUUAAUUAUGAGAUUGUUAUAAAAUUGUUUGUAGCACAUGUUACUUAAAAGAAAGUGCAGUUUCGUGCACAUGGUAAGUAUCAGUCUCUCCUGUUAAGUAUGGAAAUGCAGAGAUCAUAACAAAAUUGCAAAUGUCAUAUCAUAAAUACAAAAAUAUUGAGGCCUAUCCAAUAUGAAUG